AUGACGCAACCUGCACGACACGCCGCGAUGCUAUCCAUUAGCAAUAGCGGCCCAAAUGCCCCGGUGGCAGUGGAUAAACAGCAAUCAGCACAACACCUCCACACCCAAUCCCAGUCGAGCCAGGGUCUGCGCGUGCCGUCGAAUCGCAAGACCAUCUAUGACAGACAUCUGAAUCGGAGCCGCAGUGCGGAACUGAGCCGGGCCAGUUUCGCCUUUCUAUUUGCAGAGAUGGUGACAUAUGCCCAAAGACGAGUAACCGGAAUUCAAGAUUUAGAACGACGAUUGAAUGAGCAAGGCUACCCCCUGGGUCUCCGAUUGCUUGACCUUCUGUUUUACCGCACCAUGUCUAGUUCUACUUCCUCUUCUUUAUCCAGCUCCUCUACUUCAGCGUCGCCCCCGAAUAGACCCCUUCGCAUCCUUCCCCUCCUUCAUCUCAUCCACGGUCCCCUUUGGCGACUCCUCUUUAACCGCCCCGCCGAUGCUCUGGAACACUCGGUGUCUCCUGAGACUCCCAACGAAUAUAUGAUUACGGAUAAUGACCCCCUCGUCAAUACAUAUAUUAGUGUGCCCAAGGAGAUGAGCAUGCUCAAUUGCGCUGCGUUCGUGGCCGGCAUUAUUGAGGGGCGGUUCUUUACGGUAUGGUCGGCGAUUGUUCUUAUGCAGCGAUUUUCUUUCAGUAUACUAGAUGCGAACGGGUUCACGCUCUGGGCCUCGCGCGGUGUUAUGGGCCAGGCCAUUUGA